UAUUUCCCUUUCGAUUUCCACCCGAACCAGCCUAACGACAACCAUAUAUAUAUAGAUAUAUACGUAUGUAUUGAUUUUGUACUUUCUUCAUUCCCUCUGUCCUCUCUCCCUCUCUCACUCUCUCUAAAAACCCUAAUCCUCCCUCUCCCUCUCUCUCUGAUGAACUAAUCGAAUCUUCAAGGCCCCUAGCUGGUUUUGGUCAUCAAGAUCAAGUGUUGCAGUUUGUCUGGAUUAGAAAUAGUGGGUUGUUUUCCUUCCCAUUUUUUUCUCUUUUCCCCUAGAUGUCAUUAUGAUGGUCCGUGAUCAUGAUGUUGCUGUGAAGAAUUCAAGUUUCUGCCUUGGCUAUUUUUGCUGAUUAGCAGAAGUUCAGAUUAAAUUUCUUAUAGCAAAUGGAUCGGCGGGAUACUUCAGGUUUUGUGAGCGGGGGUGGGAUGUACUCUUUCUGAGACAUCUAAUAUUACUAACCCUAGUUUUGUAGUAAGUUUGUUUAGCCCGGAAGUCAGGCAGACUGUUCUUUUGCAAGUGAGAUUUGGUUCAAGCAAGAGUGUCGCAUCUUCGCUGUCGGUUCAUGGAUGCCAGUUUUCAGAAUUUGCGAUUUGCUGCUAACCUUUCCUUAAAUGCAUUCAAGAAUCUGGGUAAGUCCAUCCAAGUAGGAGUUGGAGAUGAUUAUUGCAUGGAUACCGUCUUACGACUUGAUUCUCCUGGUUCUUCCAUCCCUUUAAAGUCUGCACCAAAGGGAAUUAAACGGAAGUGGAGUUUGAUUGAUGGAUCCAAGGGCCAGCAAGUAGAGUCUUCAUUGCAUCUAAAGUUGGGUCAUUCCUCAAGUUCCUCGGACAGUAAGGGGAGUUCAGCAACCGCAUGCACUACAGUGUCUUCGGCCAAAGAAACUGACGAGGAGUCCUCUAUGGAUCUUGACUUGGACUUUUCUCUUCAUCUUGGGAAUGAGAAGAUUUCCAUCCCAAAGAAGCAUGCAAGCUCUAAUCUGAAGGCACCUGAUAUGCAGCCCGAGGUUGACUUGCAACUGAGUCUCUCCACUGGGCCUACUGAAUCUGAUAUCACUAGUGUCCAUUUAAGCUCCACUCCAUCUCAAAGUGUGGCAGAGAUGCCAGUGGUCACUGGUGCGGUCUUGCAUAUGGAUGAAGGAUUAUCAUCAUUACGUUGGAAAACUGGAAAUUCUUUCCAUCCAUUGCCUACUCCAAAGAAAGCAGGGACUAGUCUCUUCCUCAAUCAGGGUGUAAGAGAAAUCCAUCCAGCACCGAUCGUUCCAGACCUGUCAUCAAGCAGAGUAACAACAGAAGGUUCAGUCACCUGUACUUCCGGGAUCAUACAGCAACAACCGCAACAAUCACGUAGUACUAAUACUAAGAUAUGUCAGUUCAAGGGAUGUGGAAAGGGGGCAAGAGGUGCUUCUGGCCUUUGCAUUGCCCAUGGUGGUGGCCGUAGAUGUCAGAAACCUGGCUGCCAUAAAGGAGCUGAGGGGCGAACAGUUUACUGCAAGGCCCAUGGGGGUGGUCGACGAUGUGAAUUCCUAGGAUGUACUAAAAGUGCUGAAGGACGCACAGAUUUCUGUAUUGCGCAUGGUGGUGGGCGGCGAUGCAGUCAUGAAGGAUGCACUCGUGCUGCUCGAGGUAAAUCUGGAUUGUGCAUUCGGCAUGGUGGUGGCAAAAGAUGCCAGAAAGAAAACUGCACAAAGAGCGCAGAAGGUCUCUCCGGUCUGUGCAUAUCACAUGGAGGUGGCCGUAGAUGCCAGUAUCUGGCAUGCAACAAAGGUGCUCAAGGUAGCACGAUGUUUUGCAAGGCACAUGGAGGUGGCAAAAGGUGCACGUUUGAAGGGUGCACCAAGGGUGCAGAAGGGAGCACACCUUUUUGCAAGGGCCACGGUGGAGGGAAAAGGUGUUCAUUCCAGGGUGGUGGGGUUUGCCCGAAGAGCGUGCAUGGGGGGACAUUAUUCUGUGUGGCGCACGGGGGUGGAAAGAGGUGUGCCGUGCCAGAGUGCACAAAGAGUGCACGGGGUCGGACUGAUUUUUGUGUCCGUCACGGUGGGGGCAAGAGAUGCAAAUUUGAAGGGUGUGGGAAGAGUGCACAGGGCAGCACUGAUUUUUGCAAGGCACAUGGAGGAGGUAAGAGAUGUAUCUGGGGACAGCCCGGGUCAGAGUUGGGCCUUGGUGAUGGACCAUGUAACUCAUUUUCUAGGGGGAAGACUGGGCUAUGUACGUCACAUGGCGCUCUGGUUCAGGACAAACGGGUACAUGGGGGUGCCACCCUGGUAGCUAUGGUCCAUGAUCCUAAACCUAGCAGACCCGAGAAGAUGAAAGAGGUUGUUGUCAAUGCUGAGGGUAUGCAUGUAAAUAUUAUAAAGAUGGAUAGUGGUGGUGCGACUUUUCCUGGCCCUGCCCAUUUUAAUUGGAAACAAUUUGGACAUGAGCAAACUCGUCGUCCAGUUGUUGGAAGUCUAUCAGCAACUCCAGUUUUGGUUCCGGAAGGUAGAGUGCAUGGUGGAAGUCUUAUGGCAAUGUUGACAGGAAGUUCUGGACUUGGUUUCAAUGGCAGUAAAAGUGUCGGCAGUGGUCCAUCGCAGCCAGAGAAAUCCAACAUGAUGCCCCAUAACUGGAUGUAAGCCAAUUUCACUACCUUGGUAUCAAUUUGGUCUUCGUAGUCAUGUCCAGUGCCCUUCACUCCUAAGGUUUGUUAAGUGGGGUUUGAUGAUGAGUACUCCUCAUGCUAUGAUGAUUUAAAUGGGUGAGAACUUCUGAAGCGUCGUUUUCUCUGACCACCCUUUGUGUAACAACAGGGAAACUCAACUAGGGAUUGUACACCUUUUAGCCUUUCUGAGUGUGAGUCGGUUGGUCAGUCUGUAAAUAGUGAUGUUUAAAGUCAGUGUGGUUCUUGUGAAUACACUAUACAAAUGUGUAGGGGUCAGUCAAUUGUUCUCAGUAUAAUAAAGCUCCACAGUUUGGUCAGGAGCACAUUCCCUGUUGCAAUGCUUCUUGGUGAUAUAUAUAUUUUUUAAUUUUUUGUUUCAUUGCGAACUAUUUUAUUAGUGAAACUCAACUUUGGGCAAUAAACGUUGGUUUUGUAACAUUAAGAAUGAUUCAGAUUGUUGAGAGUAAUUUAGGGGAGAGAACCUAGCUUAGCAGUGAAGCCUGAACCCUUUAGUAGGUUUCUGAAAAUGUGAACCACAAUGGAAAUGAGAAUGCCAUACUUUUAUGUUCA